AUGGAAGAACGUACAGUCAGCGGAGUUCAUCCAGUCGAGCUGUGUGUUUACUCUGUUCUCUCGUCAGAUUUAGACGAAUUGUAUCAUUCCAUCAAUCAACUAAGAGAAUCAGAAGCUUUUUUAAUAUUGUCUGUAAAGAAGAUUCGAGAUUCUUUGAAGAAAGAACAUCGGAUACUUUAUGAGAAAGAAUUAUUGAGGAAACCCCUAGAUAAGUUGAAGACUCUACAGAAGAGAAUGGACAUACUCUUGAAGAGAUACGAGGAAAUAAAAAGAAGAAAUAAGAAGCUGAUAGAGGGGCCAUGA